AUCUCUGCCUCGCUGACAGUCGAGGAAAACGCCCUUUUCUAUUUUUAGUAACCAAACUCUGAAUACUUAAAAAAAGGGGUUACGCCAGCCAUUUUCUCUUCCACUAAGUAAGGACUUUCCAAAUAUAGCACUUCCUCAUCCACCGUAAAAGCUGGUCCCCUCUUUCUAAUCUCUCCCCCAUCUUCCUUGGAAUUUGCUCUUUUGUAUCCUUCCUUGGAGUUAAGUCGGUUAUGUUUUGAUAGUAUUUCAAAGGCCUUAGGGUUAAGGGUUUUUCCCAAUAUAUACAAGUAUAUUGCUGUGACUUCUUGAUUUGAAUCUGCCCUUUGGUUUAAGGGGCUAUUGGUUCAAUUUUGUUAGGUGGGGUUUUCUUGAUUUGUUGAUUAAUUGGUACUUUUGUUGUGGUAGUUGAAGAACGUUUGCUCUUUUGUAUGCUGUGUAAGUUCUUGAAUCCUAAGGUUUUCUUAAGUGUUUGGAUUGUGGAUUGGAAUAUUGGGGUUGAAUAAGAUGAUUUUGAUUUUCAGAUAUUGGAUUCUUGGACUGCCAAUAGCGGAAGACGACUGGAAAUUUGAUACAAGUUUGAGUGAUUUGAGAGUUCUCUAGCAUUUGGUUAACUAAUUUUUUUUUUUUUUUUGGUUGGUUAUUUUGGUUUUAAAUGGAGAGGGGAGUUGGUUUGUGGGCGUCUCCAAGAGGUCAAAUGGAGGGUGUUGCAUCGUUUGAUGCUAACGCAAGGUCUUCAAAUGUUGAUUCAUUUAACAAUGUUAUGGAUAUUAUGAACCUUGAUGCUUAUGCUGGAUGGUGCACUAGUCCUAGUGCAGCAGAGCAGAUGUUGGCCUCUUAUGCAGCAUUUUCGCCAAUUAAUCCCAUGUCUCAAAGUUACAUACCAUUUGAAGGAUUGAGUUAUACAGAACAAAAUACUGGAGCAUUUCCUCCAAUGGGUGCCAAUAUGGUGGGAAGCACUCAUGAUGGAGGAGAUAAAAUGAUGUUUGGGCAAGAUGAUGACCAAUUCCAUUUUGUGGAUGGGGUCGGUUUGGUAACUAAAAGAUGUAAAAAAUCAAGCCAACGGGCUGAUGGUGCGGAGGAUAUUGGCAACUCUAUGAUCCUAAGGUCACCUUCUCAACCACUUGCUGAGAGAAUGCUUAGGGCAUUGGCAAUGUUUAAAGAGUCAUCUGGUGCGGGAAUUUUGGCUCAAGUUUGGCUUCCGAUGAAGAAUGGCGAUCAGUAUGUCUUGAGCACGUGUGAACAGCCAUAUCUUCUUGAUCAGGCGCUUUCUGGCUAUCGAGAGAUCUCGAGGAAGUUCACCUUUGAUACAGAAACAAAACCAGGAUCAAUUCCAGGUCUUCCUGGUCGGGUAUUUAGUUCAAGAAUUCCAGAGUGGACAUCAAAUGUUCUGUACUACAAGGAGGCUGAGUAUUUACGUGUACAAUAUGCUGUUGACCAUGAAGUUCGUGGAUCUAUUGCUAUUCCUGUCUUUGAGGACGAUGCCUGUGAAACUCCAUGUUGUGCAGUAUUGGAACUCGUGACAAUGAAGGAGAAACCCAAUUUUGAUUUGGAAAUGGAUCAUGUUUGCCAGGCUCUCCAGGCUGUGAAUUUAAGGAGUAUUGCGCCUCCUCGACUUCAUUCUCAGAAUCUCUCAAAGAACCAAAGAGAUGCUUUAGCUGAGAUAACAGAUGUUCUGCGAGCAGUUUGCCAUGCGCAUAAGCUGCCUCUUGCUCUGACAUGGAUUCCCUGUAGUGUCACUGAAGGAGAAGGAGAUGAAUUCAUAAGAGUGCGUGCUAGAGGAUGUAAUCCAAUUUCAAAUGAAAAAUGUGUGUUAUGUGUUGAGGAUAAAGCUUGUUAUGUGAAUGAGAAGGAAGUGCAAGGAUUUGUACAUGCGUGUAUGGAACAUUUUCUCGAGGAAGGUGAAGGUCUUGUUGGGAAAGCUCUUCAAUCCAACCACCCCUUCUUCUACCCUGAUGUUAAGGAGUACCAUAUAAGUGAGUACCCACUUGUUCAUCAUGCACGAAAGUUUGGUCUAAAUGCUGCUGUGGCUAUCAGAUUACGUAGUACAUUUACCGGCAAUGACGAUUACAUAUUGGAGUUCUUUCUUCCAAUCAGUAUGAAGGGAAGUACCGAGCAACAGCUUCUCUUGAAUAACCUUUCAGGUACCAUGCAAAGAAUUUGCAGAACUUUGAGAACAGUGUCAGAUGCAGAAUUGGUUGGACAAGGUGCUAAGUUUGUGUUACAGGAUGAAUCUCUUCCAAAUUUACCACCGAUUGCAUUGUCUGGGAGGAACUCUCAGCACUCAUUAGACAGCAAUUCAAAUUCUGUGAACGGGGCUCCUUUAGGUGCCUGUGAUUCAAAGAGUGCUGGAAUGCAAGCUGAUGAUUCUCAUGAACAGACAAUGAAUGGAUCAAGAAGACCGAUGGAGAAAAAACGAAGUACAGCAGAAAAACAUGUCAGCUUAAGUGUUCUUCAGCAGUACUUCUCUGGAAGCUUGAAGGAUGCUGCAAAAAGCAUUGGUGUGUGUCCAACUACCUUGAAAAGGAUAUGUCGACAACAUGGGAUAUCUAGAUGGCCAUCCCGGAAGAUAAACAAAGUCAAUCGGUCUUUGAAAAAGAUACAGACAGUGCUUGAAUCUGUCCAAGGGGUAGAAGGAGGACUGAAGUUUGAUCCAGCCACUGGAGGUCUAGUUCCCGCUGGCUCUAUCAUCCAAGAUUUUGAUGCACAGAAAAGCAUGUUUUUCCCGUUCAAAGAUGUCUCUGUCAAAAAUCCUGCUUCUGUUUUCCAGGAUGCUGUGUCUGUACCCUCAACUUCAGGCAGUGACAAAGAGAAUUCUAUGGUGAAAAUGGAAGAGGACUCUUAUGUUGAUGGGAACCAACUCGGCCAAUCAAAUCAUAUCAAUACUCCCUCUUUUAAGGGAGGGAAUAAAUCAAGUAUUGCAGUAUCUGGAUUUUGUUACGAAUCCAAAUUGGCAGCAUUAGAUGCAGGGUCAUCCAGACCUGCAAGUCUGAAUGCGAUGCCAUUGUCUAAUUCCGGAAAUGCAUCAUUGGGCUCUUUCCUUACCAAAGGAGGAUGCAGGAGGUGGGGGUUGAAUGAUGGUACCUUGGACAACUUUGACGGUCAUUUCACUUCUCGGUGCUCUUAUUCCAUGGCUGUUGGAGGUGAUGCUGACAGUAAGAUGAAAGGAGAUAAUAUAAUGGAUGGUGAUGGUGGGGUCAUUGAACAUAACCAGGCCAGUUCUUCAGCCAUGACAGACUCAUCCAAUGGGUCUGGGUCGAUGAUGCAUGGCAGUUCAUCAAGCUCUCACAGUCGUGGUGCACACAAGCAUUCUAAAGUUGAGGCGAAUUGUGGUGAUAGUGGGUCAACAAUUACUGUGAAAGCCACUUACAAAGAAGAUACUAUCCGAUUUAAGUUUGAGCUUUCAGCAGGGUGCUUCCAACUCUACGAGCAGGUUGCGAAGAGGUUUAAAUUGCAGGCUGGGACAUUCCAACUCAAGUAUCUUGAUGAUGAGGAGGAAUGGGUGAUGUUGGUAAAUGAUGCAGAUUUGCAUGAGUGUCUUGAGAUAGUGGAUUUUGUUGGUGGUCGAACUGUCAAAUUUCUUGUUCGCGAUACACCUUGUGCUAUGGGUAGCUCAAGCAGCAGCAACUGCUUUUUGGCUAGUGGCUCCUAAAUACUGUAGCCUCAUGCAGGUCCGUAAGCUCAAUCAACAUCUGCUACUUAAAACAUAACCGGGACACUCCGAUGAGUUUGAGAGUUGCUAGUUUACACUAGUAGGUCCGGCAGAGCUUUCCGUUCUACCCUUCAAUGUGCUUAUUCGUAGCAAGAUAUCCAAAGAAGAAAAUCGAGAGCAUAAGAAGAUCAAUAGAAGCUGCAUAGUAGGUGAAAGUUCAUUUGUCGUCUGUUUUCUAUUACUUUUGCAUGUGAGAUAGAUAGCACACCUUUGUAUAAGUCACAAAUGAGUUAAAAGGAGCUUUGUCUCAAGUGCCUUACCUACUCUGUAAAUAUGUUAGUUUAAUAGUGUUCUUUUAAGGAAUAGUCAAAGCAAUAAGUUGUACAAUAUCUUUUCAAUAAGAAUAUGUAAAAUUUCCUCUU